UUACCUCCUUUUUUCCGUCUAUUUUCUUAAUUUUAGCGUUUUUCAGUUUUAUUUAAUUUAUUAUUUGAAUUGAUUAGUCAGAUAACUACUUGAUGCUCUCAGGAAACAAUAUUCAUAGUUUAUUUCAUUAAGUUUGAUGUUUUAUUGAACUUAAAACGAUGCUAGAGCUCAUUUUGUUGUGCAGAAUGUUCAAAAUAUCCAUUUAUUGGAAUAAUAUAUGGCUAACAGUAUGGGAUUAACAAUGAAAUGGAAGAAAUAAUGCCAUGUAUGUGUACCACUAAAGAAUAUAAAUUUGGUAAGCUUUUGUUUAUUUUUAAAGGCCUAGUUUUCAGAAGCUUCCUCACUGAUGUUGAGUUCGUUUUUAUAGAAGGCUGAUAAUGAAAAGCUAUUGACAAUGCAUAAAAGAAAACAUGAUAUGAUCCUGUCUUUAAAUAAAACAAAUCCUUGUUCAUCUGAUGAAACUCCUACACCAACCAGGUUCAUAAGGAACUGUGAAGCGAUUGGCCUCUUCCAAGACUUACAAAAUGUCAAUCCUUUCGAUGAAACUUUCAGACAAGCAACAGAGGCAGUUAAGAAAGGCGAAUGUUUAAAAGUUCCGACAGUCCCUUCUCUUGGUAAACCUGCUGGUGAAGAUCUACAUACUCCUCAUAUAUAUUUAAAGGAUGAUGGACAUUCAUCAGAUGAGAAAGUUUGUGAAUACGAGAUGGAAAAAGCUUCCCCAUCUGAAAUUAGUUCUCCAAUAAAGACGCCAUUUUCAGCAUCAGCAGGCACAAUGAUCAAGGAAAAUAAAAUUGACUAUAAACCAGCAAAUGAUGAUGUUCAUCUUUUUGUUAAAAUGGCCAAUGGUGCUUUAGUACAAAUAACUUCAUCGCCAAAUAAUUUUGAAAUUCUUAAAUCUAGUGUUCUUACAAAUGGAUCUAUAAGCAUUGCUACCCCUGUUGUACAAAACAUAACUUAUACUCCGGCUGAACCUCCUCCUCCUCCUGAACCUCUUCCAGAUAUCAACAGUAGUGCCGCUGUGAAAAAGAAACUGAAAGAAGCAUUGUUGAAAACUCCAAAACCAAAAACAAUUUCAAAUCCUGAGCAUUGUAUCAUUCAAGAUUCCAAGGUUAACCAUCAGUCUAGAAAGGAAAAACAAGUUCCUUUAACGAUUCCAGAGGACCCAGAAACAGAUAGGAAAAGAAAGAGUCUGGAACGAAAUAGGAUUGCUGCAAUGAAAUGUCGUGAAAAGAGGAAAAAAUGGGUAACUGAUUUAAGAGAAAAAUAUGAAAAAAUGUGUUAUACCAACCAAGCACUUGCUAAGGAAGUUGUAUUUCUUAGGAAGGAAGUAGCUAGGUUGAAGGGGCUACUCAUUUCAAGAACUCCAAUUUGUUUAGAAGAUAUAUCGCCAACUACAACCACAGUAAAUUUAAUCUCCCCAUCAUCAUCACCAAAGAGACCCUCUUCGAGUCCAGAUUUGGACAGCACAGGAAUAACCAGCUCUUUAAAAGGCCCUAGGGAAGGCUUACGUUUAGAUAUAGAAGGAGCAUCGAGAAAUGCAGUAAUGGAUUUAGAUUCACCGUUAGUUAGGAAAGAUGAAAUUUUGUCAUCAGUUGCACCUCCUACCACUCCAAACGAAAGGCUUAUUUCCUUCACGGAACUAGAUCGUGACACAGAAGUGGUUGAAGUUGCUGAGGAAAGAGCGGCUACAACUGUUAUUCAGAUUAAUCCUAAUGCCCUUGCCAAAAAUUCUUUAGUUUUUAGCUGACAACAUGGUUUACUAAUGAAUAAAUAUUUUGGAAUAAGAGGGCGCAAAUGUUUUGUUGAAGGAACAAUUGUCCAACAGCGGUUAGCAAAAACUCUACACCCAGGAAGAGUGUGGAUAUACUUAAUGUUCAAAGUGGGAAGUUAUUCUGUUUCUGAUUGCAGUUAAAAUAUUUCUCAAAUUGUUACUUGAUAUAAUAUCAAGUCUUCAGAGAGCUUUACUUUUAUAAAUGUGUAUAUAUAUAUUUUGUUAAAAUUUUAGAGAAGCUAAAGCAAAGUAUAACUAUUUUAUAAUUUAACUGAUUUUAAGGAGUUUAAGAAUUAUAAUUGUCUAUCUAUGUCUUGAU